AGGGGAGGGAGGGAGAGGGAGAGACCUGAGAAGGAGCUGGUGGGCGUAGCGCCUCCCGGGACAAACAGCCGCACAGUGCGAAAGUAACUGCUGGAAGAGGGACGCGUCGUUAGAGAGGAUUUUUAACGGAAUGUAAGGACGCAGGCUGUUCUCUUUCUUGAGCUUUGCUGCGCUUUUCUGGGCGCUCCACGCUGCUGGUGUCCGGCAUCCUUCCUUGGAGAGAGCAAUGCGGAGAGAAAAGAGAGGUCAAAGCAAAGUCACUUCUGGCACUAAAAAGAGGUGAAAAGCCCGCUUAUAACGUAUCUGUCUUAUCGUUUAUUUUAUCUAGAAAUUAUACUCGUGCUUUUCUGUAUAUUCUUUUUCAUCCACUUGACAAACCUUACAGGACAUAUAAAACAGCCAUCAACCCGAUUGGAUUAUUUUUUUGUUCCGAGAGCAAAUGUGGAUCAGAUGCAUGCAAAGAUGAGUAAAAUAUGCUCCCUCAUGUGCAGCGGUGACAGCUGAAUGGAGGCGCACGGAGCAUCUUCUACAGAGAGCGGGUCGACAAUCAGAGCGCACUGUGGUUUCUGAGUUCCGCUCAGUACCCUUCAGACACCGGAUUCCAACAGUAUCAGCCCUCGCCAGCUGGGUGUUUUUAUUUUUCGCCUCUGAUUAAUCGAUCGUGUGGACAAAAAAAAAAAAAUAAUACGGGAGAGAUCUCGCAUGGAAGCAGAAUAGAGAGUGGCGGUGCGCCCGUUUAACUGGAGCAUCACAUCCAUUCUUUCAUUCCUGUCCCAGCUGACUUGUGCACCGCUGUGGGUUAGAGAGGCUGCCACCGGGCGGUUUUUGGUGCAUACUCAGCGGGAACUAAACUGAAAAGCCUUAUUCCCCCCCGCCAUCCUGAAGGACCCUGCUGCGCGGCGGAAAACCGUGAGAAAAGUGGAUAUGAUUGCUUAUUUGGCUUAACGACGCGUGUGCGAUCAGGUGGAGGAUUAUUUAAGAGGCUCUUUUCUGAGGAGAUAUUCACCUGGCUCAUCAAGCAAGAGAAGACGCACAGGUGUUUGGGUCCGUUUCCCCUGGCCUCCCCUCUUUUCUGUCCAUCUUCCUGUCACUGCCUCUACAGUUUAUCUUCAUGUUGAGUUCUAGCCCAACACAGCACAUAAGAUAGAGUUGCCCUGUUUCCUGGGGAGGAUAAUGGAACGGAUGUGGUUCUCUUUGCUGUUGCUGGCAGCAGCAUGCAGGGGACAACCGUGUCCAAAACGCUGCAUGUGCCAGAGCCUUUCUCCAUCACUCGCUAUCCUCUGCUCCAAAACAGGCCUGCUCUUUGUUCCCGCUGCCAUUGAUCGUCGCACAGUGGAGCUCCGACUUCAGGAAAACUUCAUCACAGCUGUCCGAAGAAAAGACUUCGCAAACAUGACCAGCUUGUUACAUCUGACACUGUCCAGAAACACUAUAAGUCAGAUCCUUCCUUCAGCAUUCAGUGAUCUACGGCGAUUGAGAGCACUCCAUCUGGACUCUAACAGAUUGACUGUGAUCAAGGAUGACCAUUUCAAAGGUCUGACUAACCUUCGGCACCUGAUCUUGGCCAAUAACCAGCUUCACUCCAUCUCUCCUCAUGCCUUUGAUGACUUUGUGUCAACUCUAGAAGAUCUAGACCUCAGUUACAACAACCUUGACCAGGUGCCCUGGGACACAAUAGGGCGUCUUACCAAUGUCAAUACCCUGAAUAUGGAUCAUAACCUCAUAGAGAAUGUUCCACAGGGAGUAUUUACCAAUCUUCACAAACUAGCCAGGCUAGACAUGACGUCUAACAAGCUGAAGAAAAUUCCUCCAGAUCCAUUGUUCCUGAGAAUUCCAGUAUAUGCCAAGUCUAAAGGGUCCCCACUCUCUUCUCUUGUGUUGAGUUUUGGUGGUAACCCACUCCAUUGCAACUGUGAGCUUUUAUGGUUAAGAAGACUGACCAGAGAAGAUGACCUCGAGACGUGUGCCUCCCCUCCAGAUCUCAGUGCCAAGUACUUUUGGACAAUACCUGAAGAGGAAUUUAUUUGUGACCCGCCAGUUCUGACUCGAAAGUCACCUCAUACCGUUUCUAUGGAAGGUCAACCUGCAAGUCUAAAAUGCAAAGCGAAUGGUGACCCAGAGCCUGAGGUCCACUGGAUCAGCCCUGAAGGCCGACUUAUUUCUAAUGGCUCCAGAACUUUAGUUUUUCCCAAUGGUAGCCUGGAGAUCAAUGUUACAUCCCUGAAGGAUUCAGGAAACUUCACCUGCAUAGCCUCGAAUGCCGCAGGUGAAUCCACAGGAAGGGUGGAGUUAAUCGUCACAGCAGUGCCUCACCUUGCAAACAGCACAAGCCGCAGCCGAGAUCCUUCUUCUGAGCCAGCGCCUUCUGACAUCCUGACUUCCUCUAAAGUUGCUAUGCCUAACAACGAGACAAGAGGGGGUGACAGGAGGGUAUCAUUGGUGGAGCUGACAGGAAACUCUGCCCUCAUUAGAUGGAGCAGCCAAACUCCUACAUCUGGAGUGAGAAUGUUCCAGGUCCAGUACAACAGCUCUGGGGAUGACACACUGGUUUACAGGAUGAUUCCAUCCACCACCAAUGAUUUUCUUGUCCGGGACCUUGCUGCGGGACGCACCUACGAUCUCUGUGUUCUGGCUGUAUUUGAUGAUAUCAUCACAUCACUGACUGCAACACGGCCUUUGGGCUGCCUCUCAUUCACUACAGACACAGAGUUCAGCCAGUGUCAGGCACUUCAUAGCCACUUCUUGGGUGGUACAAUGAUCAUUAUCAUCGGAGGGUUUAUAGUUGCAUCUGUGCUGGUUUUCAUCAUAAUUUUAAUGAUCCGAUACAAGGUUUACAGUCAUCAAGCCACUGGCCAUGGAAAAGGAGCCAUUCCAGCAACAGCGCCAAGGCAACAGAGCAACGGACAAGGAGGCAGCCAGGUCCAAGUCCUCCCUCACUCUGCCUCAAAGAUUACAGACAGUCAGGAUGAACAGGUGCUGUUACCAUCUAGGGCUAUGUCACCUACCAGCACUACGAAAGACACAGUGGCAUUGGUCCAGGAGGAGAGCCAUGGACAGUGUGUCACUGCAAAGACAGACUCCUCUGCUAAUGAGGAGUUGCUCUCCCCAACGAAGGCCCGCUUUUCAUCCAGGGUUUCCAUUGAGAUGAAAAUCAGACCACCAUCUGUCACCAAAGACCCCUCAUCUACCAAGGAACUAGCAGCAGAUGGGAGAAGGCCUUGCAGUGUCGAAUGGAGAAACUUUAAGAUCUGAAAGUUCUUUCGUCCUCCAGAAGAAAGAAUGGCGCCAACACAAGAUUUAAAGAAACCCUGAUGCUGUUGUUCUGGCAGAUUUGGAAAACAAACAUCACCACAGAAGAAGGAGAUGGAAACUCUCAAGACAAAAGGCCCUAUAGCUCAUCUCCCUGCAUCUCCUGUUUCCUGCAUCUAUUACUUUCUUUCUAUGGAUAUCAUGAUGUUAUAAAAACCUAUACAGUUGGAUUUACUUCCAAGUGCUUCUACUGAUUCUCACAUCUGGAUUGGACUGCCGGUCAAAACUUGCUGGUGGUGGGAUCAUCUGAAUCAUUUGUAAUGUAAGGGCAUUUUCUGUUUUAAUAGAUCAGUAUCAGUGGGGAAAUUGGAACAUUGGGCGAAGGCCAAAAAACUACUUGAGCAUAUGAAAUAUUGCAAGAAUAAAUGAAGUAACAACCCCUAAUAAAUUAAUUAACAAUCCGUAUCAGAAGCAGCAUUGACAGAAGCUGAGUGGAUGGUUGAAAGAGAGAGAUAAUUGAUGGUUCAUCAUCGAAGAGAAUAUGGAUUCAAUGGUACUCACACUCAUGCAGGCUGUACAUUUUGAGUCUGGUGUUUCAUAUAAACAUAGUCUAACCUAACACGUGGGGCAUCUGAAGUUGCCAACUCCAUGGGGCUCCAUUCUAUUAAUCAAUUCUGAAUAACACAGUUCUACAACGUGUUAAUGAACUAAGCUGUUCUGCACUGGCCACUGACCUGGAACUGGAUCUGUACAGGGACUGGACCCUGUUAUCUCGUAAUUAUAAUCCAACCUGUGGAAAUUACAAAGAAUGUAGAAAAAACAAACUGAACGAGCACUAACCAGGGAGGUUGGGACAAAUCUGGAACCACCGGAGACCAAACUGGAAUUCUAUGUUGGAAGAUCUAUGCUAGACUACAUAGCUCUCUGUCUGCUACUACUGUAGUCCUUUAUGCUCUGCUUAUCACUGGUGGGAAUGGUAAAGACCAUAAGGACCAUGAUCAGGAUCUCUCACAUCUCUCCAGGACCCUCUCAACAGAUCCAGUCACCAGAAGGAAAGCCAGUUUCUGGGAUCCAAGAAUAAAAAAAGAAGGAUUUGGAGAUAAAAGGCUGGAAUAGCAGGGUAACGGAUCACUACAGUCAUUAUUGAUAUCGUAUAUCACAUUAUUGUUACUGAAGAAGUUAACUCAUAAAGUCAUACACUGCAAGUCACACAAUGGUUUAAUGUGAAGAAAAAAUGCAGUAUGACCAUAAAUUACUCCACAAUCUGCGUUAAUAACAUUAUGACUGUCAUCAUUUGAGCACAAUUCGUCUUCAUUACCACCACCGCUAUGCUAUGCAUACAGCAUAGGUAAUAACUACACAAAUCUCACUUUUUUUUUUUAUCUCUCAAUGGUUUCACCUUUAAAUACAUAUUUUAAAUAUUGCUUUAAACAAUUAUAAGUAUUUUCCAGGCUUCUGUAUACAAACAUCUCCCUCAUUUUGUUUGACAAAAACAAUUAUAUUUGUGGCCAUAUCAUACACUAACCUCAUGUGUGUACCUAUUUGCACUAUCUUUUGUUCUGCUGUGUCACCAUAAAUGUUGGCAUCUUGAUGGUUACACAGAUCCCAGCUGAUACUGCAUGUACAAUGGUAGACCAGGAACUGGAUGGAGAAUCUUAAAAACCCAUACUAGAACAAGCACACUACAAAAAAAGAAGGAAAUACAAUAAAUGUAAAUGCAUAGUCUUCACCCCCUCGACCCCCACCUCUCACCCCACCCCAUAUGUUCCUCCUACUCUCCUUCGGGGAGGGGGGGGGGGUCUUUAUAUUUUGUAUAUGUACAUAAAGCAAUUCAAAAUCUAUAGUUUUGUACAUGUAAUUUUUAUGGUGUGUGGAUAUUUUCUAAUAAAGUGAAACAAAAUGAGUUAAUCUGUCCACGAGUGGUUGCUUUUUCCUGUUUUUCUUUAAUCACUGUCUUUGUGUUUCAUAAUAUUAUAGCAGGUUUGGUACAAUGACAUGCAAGGUAUAAUUAUCCUGUUGUAAAAUGCAGUGUAAUAGCUGGAUCCAACAACAGUUUACAAACUGUUCGUGUAAAUAUUGCAUAGGGCAAUUUCUCAAGUAUAAUUGUAUAUUUUUCUCCUUUAUUAGUGAGUUAAAAAAUCAAGAUUAUAUUUUUUUUCAUAUACAAGCAGCCCAAGAAAUAUAGUUUGUAACCAUGGUUAAACUUGCUUUCCUAUUUCAUUUUGACCAUUCUAAAAUUAACCAGAAACAGUGAUUUUCACACUGAAGUGAUGCCAACAUUGGAGAUGAUGGUUACCUUAAAAGCUUAGUUAACUCAUGCUGGUUUUGCUUUAAACAUGGUGAAAACUUGAAAAAUUUAGUUGGAAUUUAAAACUAGGAGGAUAUCAAAAUGGAAAUAUACUUUUAUUCGCUAAUUUUAAAAGUUUAAAUAGAAAUGAUUAUACAAUUGACUUUUACAUUAUGCUAUAUUAUAUUUUUUAUUAUAAGAAGAAGAAACUUUGCACGUGGGCACAUAAAGACAGAAAAUGUGUGAAUUACCCAGUGAUUGAUUACCUUAUUCAGAAUAACCUUGUUUUUAAAAUGAGGAUCAUUAGUUACAAUUCUCAAAAAUUUACACUGUUCUUUAGAGUGUCUGAAUUCCAUUCUCGUGGGAGUGAAAAUGAGAACAUAUCUCAAUAGUAAAUACCAUCUUGUAGGAUUCAAUCCUGUUAGCUCCCUAAUGUGAAUUGAUGGUUCUAUGCUGACAUCCUGGAGUCUGUAGCGUACUACAGUUUUUGACAGGAACAGCUUCCUGAUUAGUAUAAUUAGAGUAGUUUAUUACUUUUAUAUAACCCCAUGAAGAACAUUGCGACACAGCAGGGCUGAGAGUGGAGCUAACUGAUGUCUUUCAGGUAGGUGAGAUUGAUCAGUCUUGUCUCUGUUUUAUCUGCAGGUUGUUACUGUCAGUUUUAUUAUUUCUGAGAGCCAUAGUGGGGGUAACCUGUUUUCUACUGCUGUGUGGGGUGUAACUAAUUGCAGGAAAUUUCAAGUGGCUGAAAAGAAAAGAAAAAGCUAUUUAGAAAAUGACCUAUUUUGGUAAAUAAAUAAAUUCCUAAUGUGGAAACUGCUGUCAGCUUUACUACAAAUAAUCUUAGUGCUAAGACCCAACAUUUAAGAGACACAGACAAGAGUGUGCUGUGGGUCAGAGGUUAGCAGCCUAUUUGCUGUACAGGAGCUCACACGUGUUUAGGAACGGGAAGGAACUUUCACCCAUUGCGGAUGCUGUCCAUUCUGACACAAACUGAGGGAAAAGGAGGAAGGGAGAGUGAGUCUGCAUAUAUGAAAGGCAAUCUGAGUGGGUGACAGAGACGUUACCAGGAAGAGGAGAAGUCCAAAUAUGGCAUACUGUGUAACGAGACACCAAUUCCCUCAUGCCUUAGAGACUUUUUUUCUACAGUUUAUUUUAUGUAUUGAUCCCCCACCCCAUAUAUCUACCAUGCUUAUUUAUUCUUAUAAAAACAAACUUAGAACACUGAUAUUAGAGAGAGUUUUAGAGUUUUGUUUUUUUGGUUUUGUGGGUGGUAGUACCCACCCAGGCUUAGGGUGGACACCCUAAGGAAGAGGACUUCUUUUUGGGGUCUUUUAAGAUUUUUAGAAGACUACCGGGAUGGAGAAUUUUUCUCUUUAAGAGAAUGAUUUGGAACUGCUUCACAUUUUUACAUAAUCAUA